GAUCAGUGGGCGGGGCCUCGGCGGGGCAGGCGGAAGGAGCGCUGCUGUUGUUUUGGUUACACAGUUUUAAUAUCCUGAAGGCGGAAUGGAGACGGAGAAGCGCAAGCUGAUCUUCGAGAAGGAAGGAGUUUACCUUCACACCAACGCAAAAAGGAGCAACCACGACACAACCAUUCCCGGAUUCAUCCGGAUUGUAGAGCGGGAUGGUGAGCCAGCGUUGGAGUGGAGCCCAGUUCAGGAUGAUGGGAAAAACGCACCUGCCGUCUUCUACACCAAAAAGGACGGAGAAGGAGGAGAGGAGGAAACCAAGUUUGACCCAGGAUACGAGCCGGACUGGGCCGUAAUCAGCACAGUGAAGCAAAGCAGAGAGAAAGAGCGUCCGCCCGUCAGAGAGACAGGUCACUGGGGCUCGUUCUCGCUCCCGCUGUCAGAGCUUUACUCGCUGCGUCGCGCCCGUUUCUCUCUGGGCAGGAACUUCAUGGUGUUGACCAGUAGAGGGGGCGACCCCCUUCCUCCGCUGCACUUCCACCGGGGCGGCACCAGAGAGCUGCUCAGAGCCAUGCAGAGAUACAUCAGACUCGCCCCGUCUCCAGUAGAUGGACGCUUGUUUCUGGCCUAUCCUCAUGACUCCGGCGCCCUCUCUCAGUCGUUUGAUGAGCUGCAGCUAUUUGAUGACGCCAGUUCAGACCUCGUCUCUAGAUUUAUCCAGGACCCCUACGCUACCACAUUUGGGGGAUUCUCUAAGGUGACAAAUUUUUUCAGAGGGGCUCUGAGACCCCCAGAGUCACCUUUACACUCCCGCACACCGUCGGACCCCCACGCACCCCACCCAGCCGACGACGAGCCUGGCUUUGAGCUCAUAACCUGUCAGGGGGCAGAGUUGGGUCCCCGGCCAGCGGUGACCAGGGGCCAGCCUCUGGAGAACUGGGAGCAGUUUCUGGACCCGGAGGGGCGCGUCACAGAUCCACAGAAAGUCAAAGAGCUGGUGUUCAGAGGGGGCAUCAUUCCUGCUCUGCGGAAGGAGGUGUGGAAAUUCCUUCUGGGAUUUUAUCCCUGGAACAGCACAGCCAAAGAGAGGGAGAACAUUAUUAGAGUAAAAACAGACGAGUACUUCAGGAUGAAGGUUCAGUGGAAAUCAGUCAGUGAAGAGCAGGAGAUGAGAAACUCUCUCCUGAGAGGAUACCGCAGCCUCAUCGAGCGCGACGUGAAUCGGACAGACAGACACAAUCCCUUCUUCUCUGGAAAUGAAAACCCGGGUCUGAAGCUACUCCACGACGUGCUAAUGACCUACUGCAUGUACAACUUUGACCUGGGUUAUGUUCAGGGCAUGAGUGACCUCCUGGCCCCGCUUCUCUUCGUCACCCAGAAUGAAGUGGAGUCCUUCUGGUGUUUGACCGGCUUUAUGGAGCUGGUGCACCAGAACUUUGAGGAAUCACAGGAGGCCAUGAAGCAGCAGCUGCUCCAGCUUAGCCUCUUACUGAAGGCCCUUGAUACAGAACUCUGUGACUAUCUAGAUUCUCAGGACAGCGGCUCUCUGUGUUUCUGCUUCCGCUGGCUGCUCAUCUGGUAUAAGAGAGAGUUCUCCUUCGAGGACAUCCUGAGCCUCUGGGAGGUUCUAUGGACCCGCCUGCCAUGUGCAAACUUCCACCUGCUGAUGGCCUGCGCCAUUCUGGAGUCUCAGAGGGGGGAGCUGAUUGGAUCAAACCAUGAUUUUAACACAAUACUGAAGCACAUUAAUGAGCUGACCAUGAAGCUGGAUCUGCAGACGGUGCUGCGGGAAGCAGAGGGCAUCUACCUGCAGCUCGCUCGGUGCAAGGAGCUGCCGGUGAAGGUGCAGGAGGUUCUGGGACUGUAUGUGGCGUCCAGCUCAGAUGAGGGGAGUCCAGAUUUAGAGCCCAAAGAGACGGACACACUGCUCAGCCAGACGGAGGUUAGAGGAGCGGCAGCCUGUCCACCGAGCAGCAGCCACACAGCAUCACACCGCCCGCCCCCCACAUACCCAUAAUUCCCUUAAUGCUUAAAGGAAUACUGUAACAUUUUUCAGCCUGCUGCAUCUGUAUUGUAACAUCAUUUACAGCAAUUGUUUUCAGUGUGUUUCUUUGAAAAGAACAGGAAAACUGUUGAUUUGGAGCCAGUGUUCGCUUGAUGCAUUCCAUGAAUGACUGUGCAGUGCAGUUACAAAACUACAACUACUAAACUUAAAAAUCGUGGUCACUCCUCCCUUUGUAGUUUCUUUGCCAAGGUGAAGUCAAAUUUAGACAAAAUUUAGACGAGUAUGGACAGUCUAGAUGUGACGUGUUGUUAGUGUUGUUAUGUUGACUGAGGAGCUGCUUCUCCAUUUAGUUUUUUUUUCCCCAAAGAAGAUACCACAGCUCGCCGUGUCAAUUACUAUUGGCUCAUGCUUCUCAGAUCAGUGAAGUAGUGAGGUUAAAGUUCUCCCAGAGCAGGGGGAAUGUUAAGAAGAGCAAUUUUGCCAUUUCAGCAAAAAUCAGUCCACCUCGGGAGCCUCAACAUUUUAUAUCCAUUUUACCAUCUUGGCUGUAAACAGUGCUGAUGUACUAGU